UUAAAGACAGUUCGCCUGUUUUUUUGUGUAUAAAAGCAUUUUAUACUGUCACUUGACAUACACACACAUAACGCAUGCGGUUGACAUGUUUCAUCAAUUCUAAAUAAGUGUACUCCAUAGUGUCUUUAAAGGUAGUGUUUAUAUUGAACCGUUGUAAGUAGUUCGUCCUUAUGGCAUCACCAGUACCAAAAUCGCCGGAGCAGUCUGAAAAAAAUAGGAAGUAUGAUAGACAAUUAAGAUUAUGGGGAGAUCAUGGACAAGCUGCGUUAGAAAGUGCUCAUGUUUGUCUUAUAAAUGCUACUGGGCUUGGUACAGAAAUUCUAAAAUCUUUAGUCCUUCCAGGUAUUGGGGCAUUUACAAUAGUCGACAGUAAAAAAAUUACCCAUGAAGACAUUGGAGCAAAUUUUUUUCUAGAAGCAGAAAGCGUUGGAAAAUCAAGGGCACAAGUAGCAAUGCAAAUGCUUUUAGAAUUAAAUUCCGAUGUUAGGGGUGAUUAUAUAGAUGAGGAACCUGAACAUAUUUUGUAUAAUAGCCCAGACUUUUUCAACAACUUCACAGUUGUUGUAGCUACAUCGCUUAAUGAAAAGUGUUUAAUUCUCUUAUCGCAAAGGCUUUGGGAUUUGAAUAUACCAUUAAUAGUAACCAGAAGCAUAGGAUUCAUUGCGUACAUGAGAAUUCAAAUAAAACAACACACAGUCGUAGAAACGCAUCCAGAUAACGAAACACCAGAUUUACGUUUAGAUAAACCAUUUGGAACGUUAAAAAAGCACCUCGAUUCAAUAAAUCUUGACGAAAUGAGUUUCAAAGAUCACUCGCAUGUACCAUAUUUAGUUAUAUUGUAUAAAUUCUUAGAAAAGUGGAUCAAAGAAAAAGGGGAAUUACCUAAAACAUAUAAAGAAAAACAACAAUUGAAGCAAAUGAUAAAAGAGGGAAUGAGACGGGAUGAGAAUGAUGCAAAAAAUAGUGAGGAAAAUUUUGAAGAAGCUAUUAAAGCAGUGAAUACAUGCAUAGGACCUACUCAGAUUCCAGAUAAUCUGAGAAAUAUUUUGAACGAUGAACAGUGCAUUAAUUUAACAGCUAAGAGUAGUUCAUUUUGGAUCAUUGCUAAAGCUAUAAGAGAUUUCUGUGAGAAUGAAGGAGAUGGAUUAUUACCAUUAAAAGGUACCUUACCAGAUAUGACAGCGGAUACUGAGAAAUACAUAACACUUCAGGAGAUUUACCACAAACAGGCGGUAGCUGAUGCUGAAGUAGUAUGGCGACGUACGUUACAGUUAUUACGAGAAUUGGGAAAACCAUCGGAUUCUAUUUCCGAAAGGGAUGUGAAAUUGUUUUGUAGACAUGCUUCCGGUAUACACGUUGAGAGAGGAACGUGUAUUGCAGAUGAAUAUAGUUCUAAAAUAUUUGGUGCAAGUAAUAUAGUGCAAAGUUUAGAAAAUCCAGAGAGUAUGAUGAUUUAUUAUGUUGUUCUUAGAGGAGUUGAAAAAUUUCAAACGGAGUACAACUCGUAUCCUGGCGAAUUCGAUGAUCAAGUGGAACCCGAUAUUGUCAAACUCAAAGCAUGUAUAACGAAAUUAUUAAUUGAAUGGGGAUGCGGAUCAUUGGCAAAAGACGAUUAUGUACAUGAAUUCUGUCGAUUUGGUGGAUCAGAAUUGCAUUCUGUAGCAGCAUUUUUAGGUGGUCUUGCAGCUCAGGAAGUUAUAAAAUUUGUUACGAAUCAGUAUAAACCAGUUCAUAACACCUUUAUUUAUGACGCAGUCACAUCGAAUUCUGGAACAUUUUUUUUUUAG